AAGCCAAACCAUACUACUACGACAAACGUGAUGCGUACUACUAUGAAAAGCGUCAAGAAGAACGUGAUGCCAAACCAUACUACUACGAAAAGCGUCAAGAAGAACGUGAUGCCGAACCAUACUACUACGAAAAGCGUCAAGAAGAACGUGAUGCCGAACCAUACUAUUAUGAAAAACGUGGACCAUACUAUUACGAAAAGCGAGAACCAUACUACUAUGACAAACGUCAAGAAGAGAAACGUGAUGCUGAACCAUACUACUACGAAAAGCGUCAAGAAGAACGUGAUGCCGAACCAUACUAUUAUGAAAAAC